AUGGAUAGUCCAGGCCAGCACGUCGUCAAACGUCGGGCUGCGUCAUCAAACAGUGGUAAUACCGCUUUGCCUCCCAGGUUCAAGUCGGAUGGAUCACCGAGUCCCUUUGCUUCGAAUGCAAAGUCCCUGCAGACCGGCGAGACUCGAUUUCCACGAUCUACUCAAACAGUCUCAUUAGGAUGGGAGGAGGGUGAAGAUGCACUCUCUCAACACACUUCGAGGUUACGCAUAGAGCUUGCAGAGUGCGUCGAGACGAAAACCGUUACGACGACAACGACCACUAAACGAUCGUAUCCUCCACUGCGCAUCCGUCAACGACCGCUUGCGAGUCUUGACGCAAAGGAAUACCCCUUGGCUUCCAAGGCUCCUCCGCCAGAGCUUGCUGAUCUUUCUUUUGAGUUUGAUGGUCAGCUCAUGGAUUUACAGGAAAAUGACCGCCACACUCCCCUACAAGAGACCUCGCUACCGCAGCCUCAGCAAUCCCCAUCGCGUUCUUAUUUCAAAGACUUGGACAGAUUUAGUGGCGAACAGGCCUACAGGACUCCUGAUAUCGACAAAGCCGAGGGCCAGCGAGCAGAGCGAGUAGAUCAAACCCGAGGUCUUGCCAACAAUAGGGAGGUAUCAAGAGAACACUCUGAAUUUCCUCCGGAAAUUUCUGGGUCUCUAAGUGGAAAGCCACGAAAACUCCAGUUCGAACCAGGUCGUCAGACGAGAGCUGCGAGUCGUCACUUACACAAGGGGGAGUGCUCUCAAAACCAUGGACUUGGCGUGCACUUAUCGGAUAGCGCUACGUUUCCUGCAACCCCUGAUAUGUCCGAACUUGAACCCUCCACAACGGAACGUCCCCAACUAUACGACGCACCUUCUUUCCGUGAAGAUACCUACACUCCGCAAUCUGGGCCGAGCCAAAAUGACUCUUUCGACGACAGUGAGAGCCCGUCAGACGGUACCAACCAGGAGGUGUUUGCAAGUGCUGUGGCUACUCCCCCUAUCGCGGAAUCUGACCUUGAGCCUUUCGAAGACACUAAUGUCGCUUUUACACCUGUUUCCGGGCAGCGACCGACCCUGAACACUACCACUGCUCAGAACGCGAGUUUGCCAAGUCCACGCCUAUCACCCACUUAUCAUGGCGAAUUCUCUGAUGGCACUGCCGCAGAUGAGGAACUUGAUGAUGCUAGCCUUACAAUACAAUCCAGUGACAGUCAAGUGGCCGCAUAUAGUGAUCGACUAUCUACCGGACCAAGAUCGAAGAGCUCGAAAUCUUCGCAACGACAACCUCGAGAAACGACCCGAUUAACUGCUCCAACAUUGAUGGACACUCGCUCGAUGAUCGAAACUUUUGAUGCAAUGCCUGAUGAGAUGAAGUCGUUUAUGAUGUACCAGUUCCUUCGCCGGUGCCACAGGAAGACUUUGCAUGUAGUAGCAAACGCUGUCAAUCCCGCCCUGAAGUGCGAUUAUCUGGACGAGCUGCCUUUAGAACUGAGCCUUCACAUCCUUAGCUUCCUGGACCAUAGGGAUCUUUGUCGAGCAGCCCAAGUCUCUAAGAAGUGGAGGAGCGUUAUCGACUCAAAUGAAACGGGUUGGAAGGAGCUUUUCGACCGUGAUGGUUUCGUCCUUCCUGCUGGAGAGCUUGAAAAGGCAAUUAAGCAGGGAUGGGGUUGGCAGGAUCCUUAUGGACCAGACGGCUUCGAGCAAGAUCUGAGUGUUCCGGAGACGUACUCAGAGGGAGAUUCGACGACUCUUGGAAGUCACAAGGUCGAGAAUGAGAUGGUCAGAAAGGUUCGCUCCAGUACCAAAAGGAAACGGGCUUCUGGCAGCUCAAGCUCAGAACGGACAAAGAGAAACAGUGAAAAGGCCCAUGCCACGCUUGUGAAGAAUCCUCCCACGACCAAGUUCAAGUCUGAAGGCCCACUCACUGCUGCUAGUGUUGCUGCGCAGGCUGUGCCCGAUCCCUGUGUGGGUCUACCAAGCCUGCGUAAAUUGCAUUUGUUUAAAUCUCUCUACCGCCGUCAUUAUAUGCUUCAACGUAGCUGGACGAGUGGGAAGGUAGAGCCACAUCACUUUGCCUUCGCAGCUCACCCGUCGCAUGUCAUCACGUGCCUCCAAUUUGACGACGACAAAAUUCUGACGGGUAGUGAUGAUACCCUGAUCCAUGUUUAUGAUACGAGAACAGGUGCGCUCCGGAAGAAGCUCGAAGGCCAUGAAGGUGGGGUUUGGGCUUUGCAGUACGAAGGGAACGUUUUAGUAUCCGGAUCCACUGAUCGUUCCGUUCGCGUCUGGGAUAUCGAAAAGGGUCUUUGCACCCAGGUGUUCCAUGGCCAUACCUCAACCGUCCGGUGUCUUCAGAUCUUGAUGCCUGAACCCACCGGCCGCAUUGAGAACGGAAAGCCAGUCAUGAUGCCGGAAAAGCCAUUGAUCAUCACAGGUUCGCGGGAUUCACAGCUAAGGGUCUGGAGGCUACCAGAGCAAGGGUCCAAGCGUUACAUACAGACCGGACCGCCAGCAAAUGAUGCUGAUUGCCCUUAUUUUGUCCGUGUCUUGGCCGGUCACAGUCACUCAGUACGUGCGAUUGCCGCGCAUCAAGAUACGCUCGUCAGCGGUAGUUAUGAUAAUACCGUUAGAGUCUGGAAGAUCUCUACUGGAGAAACGAUACAUCGUUUACAGGGGCAUGCGAUGAAAGUUUACAGUGUUGUCUUGGACCAUAAGCGAAAUCGAUGCAUCAGUGGGUCGAUGGAUAACUUUGUCAAGAUAUGGUCUCUCGAAACUGGUGCUUGUCUAUUCACGCUCGAGGGCCAUACAUCCCUAGUUGGCUUACUGGAUCUGCGCGAUGAACGACUCGUUUCAGCCGCUGCAGAUUCAACGCUCAGGAUAUGGGAUCCAGAGAAUGGCCAGUGUAAGAGUACACUGACUGCCCAUACUGGUGCCAUUACCUGUUUCCAACAUGAUGGCCAGAAGGUCAUCUCUGGCUCCGACAGAACCUUGAAGAUGUGGAAUAUCAAAACCGGCGAAUGUAUUAAAGACUUGUUAACGGAUCUCACCGGUGUCUGGCAAGUCAAAUUUGAUGAGCGGAGAUGUGUGGCGGCGGUGCAGCGUGAUGAGCUUACAUAUGUGGAGGUUCUUGAUUUCGGUGCUUCAAGAGAUGGCAUUCCCGCUUCUCAACGUGGCUUCCGCCAGGUAAAAGCGGACGAAGGCAGAGUGAUAGAAGUAGACGCAUGA